CGCUUCCGUUGGCGUAAGCACUUUCAUUUCUUCUGUUACCGUGACUAAGAUGGAAGCGUUUUUGGAGUCGCGGUCUGGACUUUGGGCCGGGGGUCCGGCCCCGGGACAGUUUUACCGCAUCCCUUCCACUCCCAGUUCCUGCAUAGAUCCGGUGUCCUCGCUCUACGGGGGUCCGAUCACGCGGACCCAGAACCCCAUGGUGACCGGGACCUCGGUCCUCGGCGUUAAGUUCGAGGGCGGAGUGGUGAUUGCGGCAGACAUGCUGGGCUCCUACGGCUCCUUGGCUCGUUUCCGCAAUAUCUCUCGCAUUAUGCGAGUCAACAACAGUACCAUGCUGGGUGCUUCCGGAGACUACGCAGAUUUCCAGUAUUUGAAGCAAGUUCUCGGCCAGAUGGUGAUUGAUGAGGAGCUGUUGGGAGAUGGACACAGUUAUAGUCCUAAAGCUAUUCAUUCAUGGCUGACCAGGGCCAUGUACAGCCGCCGCUCCAAGAUGAAUCCUCUGUGGAACACCAUGGUCAUUGGAGGCUAUGCUGAUGGAGAGAGCUUCCUCGGUUAUGUGGACAUGCUUGGUGUAGCCUAUGAAGCCCCUUCGCUGGCCACUGGUUAUGGUGCAUACUUGGCUCAGCCUCUGCUGCGAGAAGUUCUGGAGAAGCAGCCAGUGCUGAGCCAGACUGAGGCCCGCGAGCUAGUAGAACGCUGCAUGCGAGUGUUGUACUAUCGAGAUGCCCGUUCUUACAACCGGUUUCAAAUUGCCACUGUAACCGAAAAAGGUGUUGAAAUAGAGGGACCACUGUCUGCAGAGACCAACUGGGAUAUUGCCCACAUGAUCAGUGGCUUUGAAUGAAAUACAGAUGCAUUCUUCGGAACUAAAGUUAAAACUCCUCCUCUUAACUUUGAACUUGGCUGGUUCAAAGGUAGUCUUUUCUUUUGUACAUUAAAUAAAUCCUUCAGAAUGCUU